CCCACCAGCGAGAACCGCAUUUCUGAUGACAGGUUUAAUUUCUACGCUGAUCAGGUAUCUUUUGAACUCUCUGAAAACGGAAAUGCAUAUACCCUCAUUUCGUCAAGAAGUACGAAGAGUAUAGUGAAUAUCAAGUUCACCAAGGCAGCACCUGGUUUCAUGGCUGGCACAAAUGGAACUUCGACAUACGGUAUCGACCCCGAGCAACCUGGAGGUCAGAUGUUUCACGCAUUCUGGCCCAGUGUAAGGUAGACGGUACUUUCCUUACGCCUGCAUGUCCUAUCGAUUUUGCACGCAAAGGCAUGUACAUCUUUGCACUACAGGGCAUGAAGCCACACCAUGAAGAUAUAUGGAAUUUUGUCAACUUCCAAUCCUCCACAUACAGUGCCGUCAUGAUGGAAUUCACAACCCCACUUAGCUACAGCAGCACUGUCGUCAACGUUGGCGCUAUCGUUGCAGAUGGACAGCUCAUCUACACAGGCGUAGAUAAUGUAGCUGAACAUAUUGAGAAGCAAGAAGAUCCAGAGGCCCGAUGGCAUGAGCCAACAAUGAUUGGGUACUGGUGGAAGAGUAUAUCGCCUACUAGUGAAGGUAUCGAAACGAGUCUCAUCGGUGCGCCUGGGAAGAGACAAGAUCGUAUAGAUAUCAUCAUGAGGCUGAAGUGCCUGGAUUCGUCAAAAGAACCGCUGAUACACCCGCAGGCACUAGACAAUAUGAAUACCAGUUUACCCCAGACCUAAACUAAAGUUGAGAAUUGGCGGUGGAGAAAGGAAGAGGAGGGUUCGUUUGCAGAGGCAACAUUCAUCUCAUGA